CCUAGCUGGAGAGUGAAGUGCACCCGCCUUCUUGCUCUCUCGUCUUGCAACCCCCAAACCUUCAUCGAACUCAGCCCAACCACACAAACCCAGCGAAUCCCUUCGAGCGCGACGAACCGCCAAUCCAAGGCCUUUGAGCACUCUCGUCAGAGCGCCAAGCCGUUUGCUUGCCCAUUUAGCAACCUCGACUUUACCUCCCUGACCUCGUCAUCUUCACACCUGCACUCUCACCACCACCCACCUUUCCCACCCCCACAAGUCCUAGCGACUUAUUACUCACAUCACAAAACCAAACACACACAUGUCUGACAUACAAUCUCGGCCUGUCCGCGGCAGGACCACGACCCGCGGCGGCGGUCGCGGUGGACUUGGAUCUCGAGGCCCACGAUCAAGCAAACAAGCCAACGGCGACCUUUCAUCAGUCGAUACAUCUGCAAAUGAAGGCGAACUCGGCGAGCUCAAGCGCCGUUACCAAUCGCAGUUGUCUACACUCAAGGAGGUGUUCCCAGACUGGACCGAUGCCGAUCUCGUCCUUGCCAUUGAAGAAUCUGACGGCGACCUCUCAGCUACGAUCGAAAAAAUCAGUGAGGGUAAUGUUUCCCAGUUCGCUGAAGUGAAGAAGACCAAAGAUCGGGCGCGCUCGAAAGUGAAGGAGGCUCCUGCCCCAGCAGAUGCUGCUUCUUCGCAGCGCGGUAUCCGUGGAGAUCGACGUGGCGGCGACAGCGUUCGUGGUGGUCGCAGCCGUGGUACUGACCGUGGCCGCGGUGGAUUCCGUGGUGGAGCUCGGGGAGGAGCAACGAAUGGAGCCCGCACCGGCGGCGGCGCAACCUCUGUUUCUACAGCCGAUGCUUGGGGUAUAUCUGAAGGAAAAGAUAACGACCAGAGUGCUGCUGCUGCUCCCGCCGAACCUGAGGUCCCGAAGGCUGCACCCGCUCCUGCUGCACCACCGAAGAAGACGUGGGCUAGCAUGUUCGCUACCCCCAAGCCAGCACCAGCUCCCCCCAAGCCUGCGGCGCAGCCAGCACCUCCCAAAGAACAACCAGUCCCAGUACCUGCAGAGACAGCUGCCCAUGACGUAGCGCAAGAAGCGGCGGUUGAAGCGGAAGAGUUGCCGAUUCCUCCCGUGGCAGAUGAAAUACCAGCAGAACCUCCUGUCACAACAGAACAGCCACCCGUGGCAACGCCCGAGAAGCCAGCAGACGAGCCUGUGCCAGAAGUUGAACUCACUCCAUCCAAGGAUGAGCUGACGAAGGAUAACGUGGAGCAUUUGCCGGACGAGUCGCAUCCCCCACCUACGGAGACAGCCGCCAGCACUGUUGCCAGUUCGAGGGACAUUGGCGUUGCUACUCCCCUCAGCACCUCUCAGGCACCCAUUGGCCGCCCUGCCAUUGGAGGAUUUGCAACGACUGCGCUCAAGGCCACUGGUACCCCUCACCGCAGUGCCAGCUACCAGAGGAGACUUUUGGAACAGCAGGAGGCAGUCGUCCUGCCCGGUAACCAUGCCGUCGACAGGGCUGCUGUUCAGUUUGGCAGCUUGGGCUUGAAUGGCGAAGCUGACGCUGACAACCUUGACGUUGACGAAGAUAGGGAGGACGCCGAGACUAGGACUCAACCCCCUCAGCAUUCGCCUGUUGCCCAGCCUCGUGCAGCAUUGCCUCCAGCACCUCGCCAGGGCCCCUCGGCCUCAGAUAGCCAACCCCAAGAUAGCAUUGCUACGCCGAAGCAAGCUCCAGGAUUGCCCCCUGUUCCCCAACAGCAACCUAUUUCGCAACAAUCGCCUUCCGAGCCACUUGGAGCACAGCCAGUGCAAAACCAAGGACCGCAAGGAAACUACAACCAAUUCGGUCGCUAUGGCCAGAGUGGCAUCCAGGCCGAUGCUUCCGCUCCACCCCAAAAGCCAUACGAUCCCUUUGGUCAGCAAGCUCCCCAGAGCCAGUACGACUAUAACCAGCAGCAGAGCCAGCAGAGCCAGCCCCAGUCACAGGCUGGCGGAUUCUCGUCUGCACCAGACAGCUUCGGAUCACAGUACCUUACGGCAGAGCAACGCUCUGCUUAUCAAAACUACUACGGCGGUUACGGCCAACAGAGCACCCCUAGCCAACAAGAAGCCGGCUCAGCACAACAGCGCACGAACAGCGCAUUUGGUGCCGAUUCUUCCUUCCCCGGCAGCCAGCAACAGACCCAAGGUCGCUACAACGAUGCUCAGAACAGCGGACACACCACUCCUAACCCUGCUGCAGGCAAUCAGCACCCUAGCGGACCAGCUUCUCAAGGCCAGCACAUGCCUCAGCAACAUCAGCCUGGACAACACACUGGUGGUUACCCAUACAACAACCACCCCAUCUACAACACCCCGCAAUAUGCUGCUUGGAUGAGCCAGUUCGGUGGCAUGUACGGUCAGGGUGGUUAUGGCGGUUUCGGCAACAAGGGAAUGUACGGACAGCCUCACCACUAUGGCAUGUCUCCCCAAGCAUCCUACGAUAACCAGCACUCCUCGUCCCCUGCUAACGCCGGUGGAUUCGGAGCAACCUCUGUGCAAGGCCGUGAGAGCGGACUAGGUGGAGGAUUGGGUGAAUUUGGAAGAUCGGCAUCAGGAACCUCGCAGAACCAGCAUGGUGCCACCGCUGGUGGUUACGGAGGUUUCCCUGAUGUACUUGGACGUUCUCAAGCCGGAUACCCCAACCAGAGCUCGUCGUAUGGCCAGCAACAGGUUGGACAGCAGGCCAGCACUGAGGAUUCUUUGAAGCCAUUUGGAGAGCCCAAGGCUACUGGACCUAGCCCAUCUGCACUUGGAGCCCAGCAAGGCCGUCCUGGAUCUUCCACCAACAACACCCCCAGCCAGGGUGGUCAAGGUGGUCUCCCCGGCCAGCAGCAAGGUUUCGGCGGAUACCCCAGCCACUUGGGUCAUCAGUAUGGUGGCCUCGGUGGACUCGGUCACCAGGGCGCUGGUAGCCACCAGGGAGGCGGCUACGGCGGCAACUAUGGCAACUUCAGCGGCUAUGGAAACUAUGGCAGCUACGGUCGCGGAGGAUGGGGCGGUAACUACGGUGGCCAGCACUAAAUACUUUCUUGGGACUCGAGGAGUAGGGAAUAAAUAUAUAGCAUUGGUGGGAUCCUUCAACAUCAAUGCUUUUGUAUGAGCGAUAGGGCGAAGGCGGGUUUUCUUUUAACGUUCCAACGGCAAAGCAACUUUAGCAUUGCCUCUGCCUUGUACUAUGAUGAAUUAUUUGGGAACUCCAAGGUUUUCUCUUUUGGUUGUCAUUUUCUCUUGUCUCGG